AACGCAAUCCUCUGGAUAUGAUUUAUGGUUAGGAUAUCAGUCUGUCCGAAAUUCUGUGAUAUUUUCUCAAUAUUUUCAUCUGACAUUUUCUCGAAAUCGAUAUUUUUCUCAAUGUUUUGACACUUUAGCAUAUAAAGUUUCAAAAUCCAUGCAAUCCAAGCUCUUGAUUUGGUGGGACAAGGGGAGCGACAGGAGUGUCAAACCUCCUGGGGACGAGGAAAUUGUCGGCCAACGUGGAACGUGAACUGUUUGUGUUUGUGAAUGCUUUAUCUGUGUAGUAAAAAAGCUAAAAAAUACUAAAAGUGUUAAAAGACAACCAGUCGGUUGCUUUUUCCAUCCCGUUCAACGUAGAAGUUUUGACGGUGAAUCUUUUGGAGCAUUACUCCUAGUGUCCUCCUAGUAUUCCUAGAUAAACUAUUCCAAAAAAAGAGGAUUCGAAAUGGCAGCAAUGAGGAUGAAAGUAGUCAAGUGUCCUACGGAAGAACUCAGUAUUUCAAACUGUGCUGUCAUCAAUCCUGAUGACUUUCCAGACAAUGUCAAGCACAUUGAAAUAACCACUGGGCCGAAUCAACAUUUUGUGUUUACUGUCAAAACUCAUCAUGACAUACCACAUGGAGCCGUGGGAUUUAAUCAGCCGCAACGUAAGUGGGCCACUCUUAACCUCAAUCAGGACAUCGACGUCAGGCCUUAUCAUUUUGAUCCAACUUCCAGUUCCGAAUUUCUCUGUACCAUUUCCCUUGAGGCUGAUUUUUUCCACAAGACAAAGACAACUCCGGAACCUUAUGACACAGAGCUCAUGGCCAAAGAAUUCCUUCUGCAUUUCUCUGGUCAGGCAUUUACAGUUGGUCAACAGUUAGCGUUUCCAUUUGGCGACAAGAAAAUGUUGGGUCUAGUGGUGAAGAGUUUAGAGGCUGCUGACAUAUCGGCGAUCAAAGCAGGUCAGGAGAAUACGAAGCCAAAGAAAACACGUAUGGGACGAUGUCUGGGCGAUACAACGAUACAAUUUGAGAAAGCUGACAACUCGAGUUUGAAUCUAAUUGGCAAAGCAAAGGGUAAAGUCGUCCGUCAAUCGAUCAUAAACCCUGAUUGGGAUUUCGCGAAAAUGGGAAUUGGCGGUUUGGACAAGGAAUUCAGUGCUAUUUUCCGACGUGCAUUUGCCUCACGCGUGUUCCCUCCCGAAGUAGUCGAGCAGUUGGGCUGCAAACACGUCAAGGGUAUUUUAUUGUACGGGCCACCGGGUACUGGAAAAACUCUGAUGGCACGACAGAUUGGAAACAUGUUGAACGCGCGUGAACCAAAAAUUGUGAACGGACCUCAAGUUCUUGACAAAUACGUUGGCGAGAGCGAAGCAAACAUACGAAGAUUGUUUGCGGAUGCUGAAGAGGAAGAGAAAAAGCUCGGCCCUAACAGCGGUCUUCAUAUCAUUAUAUUUGACGAAAUUGAUGCGAUAUGCAAAUCUCGUGGCAGUGUCGCCGGCAAUACCGGAGUUCAUGACACGGUCGUCAAUCAGCUGCUAGCCAAAAUUGAUGGCGUUGAACAAUUGAAUAAUAUUCUCGUUAUCGGUAUGACCAAUCGAAGGGACAUGAUCGACGAGGCUUUACUACGACCUGGUAGAUUGGAGGUACAAAUGGAGAUCAGUCUACCAGACGAGUUUGGAAGAUAUCAAAUCCUAAGUAUUCACACAUCUCGUAUGAGAGAUCACAAAAAAAUGGCGCAAGAUGUGGAUUUAAAAGAACUUGCUGUGCUUACGAAAAAUUUUAGUGGUGCUGAGUUAGAGGGUCUUGUGAGGGCUGCACAAAGCACGGCUAUGAAUAAAUUGAUCAAGGCAUCGAGCAAAGUCGAAGUUGAUGCAUCUGCGAUGGAAAAGUUGAUGGUGUCGAGAACUGAUUUCUUCCACGCUCUCGAGAAUGACGUGAAGCCUGCUUUCGGUACCAGUGCCGAUACUCUCGAACAUCUUUUGACACGCGGUAUUCUCAAUUGGGGAAAACCAGUGGCAGAUAUUCUUGCCGAUGGUAAUUUGUAUAUCCAGGAAGCUCGAGCCGUCGAAAGUUUAGGCCUGGUAUCGGUUCUUCUCGAGGGUCCACCAAACAGCGGUAAAACAGCUCUCGCAGCACAAAUUGCCAAGAAUUCUGAUUUUCCAUUUGUCAAAGUCUGUACACCGGAGGAUAUGGUCGGCUUCACGGAAUUCGCGAAAUGCUCAUCUAUACGAAAGGUCUUCGAUGAUGCGUAUCGUUCACAACUUAGUUGCAUCCUUGUCGACAAUAUCGAACGUCUCUUGGAUUAUAGUCCAAUAGGUCCGCGUUAUUCGAACACUAUGUUACAAGCCCUAUUGGUAUUACUGAAAAAACAACCACCUCGUGGUCGCAAAUUAUUGAUUCUCGCCACAACAAGUCGUCGUCAAGUUUUGGAAGACAUGGAGCUCCUUUCGGCGUUCAGUACAAUCCUUCAUGUGCCUAAUUUAUCAACGGUAGACAAUAUUCUAGCAGUGCUUGAAGAAGUUGAUUUGUUUUCAAAAGAUGAAUUGGUAUUUCUCCACGCCCGUUUGCAAGGAAAACGGAUAUUCAUUGGAAUCAAGAAACUGUUGUGCCUGAUCGACAUGACGAGGCAGGUAGAGCAGGCUUAUCGAGUGUCGAAAUUUCUCUACAAGCUUGAAGAGGAAAGUGGUCUUUGGUAAAAUAAUCGCGCGAUACAUAAAAAAAAGUGUGCAAUUACAAUUUAUACAGUAAUUAUUAUUUAUAAUUGACGAUAUCUGAAAAGUUGGUUCAAUUCCGUUAGGUAAAUCAGCGAGAGACGAACUAUGAUUCAUAUGCAAUCAAUUUAAUUUAGGGUGAGCUCGAAAAAUGGCACUCGAAAAAUAUUAUUCUUGCUGAAAUGUUGCCAAGAGUGUCCUUUGAAUCGAUUACAUUGAGAACCAUAACGGCGAUUUGACCACGAAAGAAAUGUACGAGAUCAGUAAAGGGACGAGUUUCCCGUAACCGCCAAAAUCAAUCAAUUUACGGAUACUGUGUUUAUAAUCUUUAUCUUUGAUCAACAACCUGAUCGGUUGCGUAAAUGCGAGAGAAAUAACUGAUACACGUUUUCUCGAAGAUAUUUGAUAUUUAUGUUAAUUGCGAGUUUCAACUUACUUUUCGAAAGACGGUAAACAACUUGAACGAUCCUCUCUCUUUCUCUCUCUUAAGAUAUCAAUCCCCAAAGCAAAAAAUAUGUUGUAUUAGUGGUGCAUUGAUGGUGUAAUACGUAACUCAAGAUAAAAAUUGCAAGAUAACAUUGUUUAAAAAUUGAUAAACGUUUCUUAACUCAAAACUUGAAGUCUGAAAAAACAGCAGUAUGAGCGUACCAAGUUGCAAACUGUCCAAUGCCUUUCUUCAAAGCCUGAUUAUGCUAUGAGAAUCAACAUAUGUUCAAAAAUUCGUAUUACACUUUUCCUUACUCAGGCAAGGUUAUUACAAACAUUUUUCAAGUUCAUCAAAUCGUGGCAGGUUCAAGCUCAUCGAUGAAGUGCGACAGUUUUAAAAAUUUUAUACUGAAUACCAAACUGUACAAAAAUAUUGUAUACAUGAUCUCAUAUUUUUGUACAUUUUUUUUAAAUGUACGCACGUUUGUAUGUGUAUUUAUAUAAAUUUAUAUGAUUUCUUAUAAGAAUCAGCUCAUUAUAUUAUAAUAAAUAUGAAAAUUAUUGAAUAAUAAAUUAAGUACGUUGAUCCAUGUUA